AUGUCACAAGAUGACGAAUAUUAUGAUGAUUAUGAUGUGGAGGAUGACUCUGCAGUAGAGUCUGGCAAUGAGUCUGCCAAUGAUAUGGACUAUGAAUAUACUCAAGAGGUGGACUAUGAUGACAUUAGAGCAUCAAACAGAUCAAAUAGUGGAAUGGUCCGACAAAAGAGCUAUGAAGUGCUCGACAAACUAGAGUUGCAAUCAGAGUCACGUAAACUGAUUCGCGAGAUCAUGGAUGUACUCAGCAUCACAUCAGAGGCUGCUGUUGCAAUAUUAUUAAGACACAUGAAAUGGAACAAAGAGAGACUGAUCGAGAAAUAUAUGGAUAACCCUGAUAGAUUGUGUAUUGAGGCUGGUAUUCCUAACUUGAGAUUGGAACGACAGGUCGAUAAGGCCAUGCAGAAGUUCAGCUGUUUGAUUUGUUUGGAUGAUUUCUCGCCAACACAGACAUAUGCAUUGUCCUGCGACCAUAGAUAUUGUCUGGCAUGCUGGAAGCUCUAUUUGGAGAACAAGAUUGGUGAGGGACCCGAGUGCAUAUCGGCCACGUGUCCCGCACCCAAGUGCAAGGUCAAGGUGCAUGAGGAGGCAUUCAAGAAGCUGGUGGACGGCCCUGUCUUUGACAAGUACUCCACCUAUGUGCUCAGGUCCUACGUGGACGACAACGCCCAGGUCAAGUGGUGUCCGGCGCCCGGCUGCAACUUCUCGGUGCGCUGCGAGCGCAAGGAGCGCAAGGAGGCCGUCGUGUGCAAGUGCGGCUUCCAGUACUGUUUCUCGUGCAGCGACGCAGACAUUGGCGAUCACAUGCCGUGCCCGUGCAGCCAGGUCGACAAGUGGCUGCAAAAGGCGUCGGACGAGUCGGAGAACGUCACGUGGAUGCUGGCCAACACCAAGAAGUGUCCCGAGUGUCGGUCGCCCAUCGAGAAGAACGGCGGCUGCAUGCAUAUGACCUGUCGCAAGAACGCCGGUGGCUGUGGCUUUGAGUUCUGCUGGCUGUGCCGUGGUCCCUGGACCGAGCACGGAUCUGCCACAGGUGGCUACUACAACUGCAACAAGUACGACAAGUCCAAGGCCAAAGAGGACGACGACAAGGCCGCCGAUGCCAAGACAGAGUUGGAGGCAUACAUGUUUUAUUACCACAGAUACGAGUCACAUAAGGGUGCAAUGAAAAUCGCAGACGAGCAGAGGAAGAAUGCUUUCCAGAAGGAGCAGAUGAUCUUGUCCAGGUUCGAUGUCAGAUCAGCCGAUACCAAGUUCUUGAUGGAGGCCACAGAGCAAUUGUUGAGAAACCGAAGAGUGCUCCAGUACUCUUAUGUAUAUGGAUUCUAUUUGGACAAGAAGUCACAGGAGCGUAACUUAUUUGAGUACUUGCAGGAGGAUCUCGAGAAGCACACCGAUCAACUGUCCACCUAUUACGAGCAGAACAUUGAGAAGCUGGACGACUACCAAGCCUUUAUCAAGUGGAAGGAGCAAGUCACCAACUACACUAGAAUCACAAAGAAGUUCUUGGAUCACUUUGUAGAGGGAGUCGCAGGUGGCUUGACAGGCAACAAUAUAUAA